AUGGCCGACGAACCUACUACGAAGGAAGUUCCCAUUACAAGUGAAAAGAAGAAGGACCCUAAGAGGGUAGAGGCCGGAAAAAGGCUAGCGAUCCUAAGUAAAGCUGCAAGGGAGAGGAAAAAGAAACUUACAGAACCUAAGGAGUCAUCCAACAACAACAUAAUCACAUAUGUAGGAGUGGCCAUCGCAUUGACAUCCCUUGCCCUAGCAUUUAAUCAGCAUCAGAGGGAAACAAAGAAACCAGAACCUAAGUACAUCCCUGAGACUGUAGAAGUAACCAGGAAACCUGAUGCGCCCAAGUUAGAUUCACUUGAAUGA